CUCACAAGGUCUCCUCGAGUCUAAGGAGGCCCAAAGCACCGCCCCUCUCGCACCAGUGCCGCGGUAACGCCGCCUGCGAGCCAUACGCCAUCGCCGCGUGAGAUCACAGAGAUCAUACCCAGCCUCCAGCGACGACGCAGCAUAAAACGCCGUCUUGAGCCGUAACUUUGCCAGACUUCAGACCUCAGUGGCCUGCACGCAAGCGCCACCGCACGCGGGGCGCCACCAUGAACCGCCUCACCGGCUUCUUCGGCGGCGGCAAGAAGUCUAAUGACGACGGCGGCAUGGGCCCCGAGAAGACGGACCUGGCCGUCGGUGGGGAGAACUUCGGGGGCGGCGACUUCGGCGGCCCCGGGUCCAUGGCCGCGCCGCGCGUCGGCGGCGCGCCGCCGGGCCAGGCCGCGACGCAGGCCGAGCUCCAGCGCGCCGUCGUCGCCGAGCAGCAGCGCGCGCUCGUGCAGCAGGUCAUCGCGAAGCUCACCGAGGUGUCCUUCGACACGUGUCUGCAGAAGAAGCCCGACUCCACUCUCUCGGCGGGCGAGCGCGCCUGCAUCCACACCGUCGUGGGCAAGUACCUCGACACGUCGGAGUUCGUCCUCGGCCGGUCGACGAAGAAGGCGCAGCAGUCGCAGAUGCUCUCUUAAUAAAUUA